UGCCAGCCAAUCUGCCUGCCUGCUGUGGGAAUCAGCCCGAAGAACGGGCCGGGACGAUCACAUGACUGGGAAGGCAGUCAAGCCCAUUCCACGAGGCUUGCUGGAAAAGUUCACUACAGUAUCACAAAGAAACAAGAGACGGAUUUUGUGUGAUUUUAAAUCGUUUCCCUGAACUUCGCACGCUCGGUAAAUGUGCUCGGUCCUUUGAAUUUCCCCAGAUCGCAACUACGUGUCUGAUUUGACAGAGAGUUUCUUUCCGGCCUGUGUGGCUUCAGUUUAUAAAAAAAAAAAUUUGGGUUUGCAGUAAAAAUGCAUACAAAGGCGUUGUGGUCUUCUUUUCUUUGGGCCCUGCUUUGAUGAAAGCCUUUAGCUUUCAUCAAAGAUUUUACUAAAAAAUAAACGACUGUUUGCAAGAAAUGGAAGCCCUCCUUUCAAACGAGCCUUGAUUCUGUAAUCUUUCUAGUUGUAAGAAUGGAAGGGAAAGAGUGAGUCGCAUGACUGUUUUGAAAGAGUUGUCCUGUAUAGUUAGAUAGAUGCAGAAAGAUUUGGAUCAUCUGUUUUGAAGACUAUUGUGAGAAAUGACAACGAAAGUCUCUCUUUACAGUGUAUACAACAGGAUCAGCCAUGCACGCUGUACAAUCCAACAGAAGAAUGAAUCACCAGUCUGUGGCAAAAUCAAACGCCAAAACUGUGACCUAGUAAAAGUUUUAAGAAGGCAGUUGUUUUCAAGAUAUUCAAUCUAUUUAAAGCAUUCAAGAGAAUGAUGAUUAAUAUUGAUGAGAACCAACUGCUAAUGCUAGAACAUAUAUUGAAUGUUCCCUUCCACAUUUUCCAUAUCGAAAGUAUUUUGUCUUGCUUUUUUGAGCUAUCGUGAUCCAUGUUUUCUAACUAUAUUCCAAAUGGUGCUGCUGAUGCAAUGCUCAGAUUGCACUGUCUGCUCUUCAGUUAUCAAUUAUCCUCUAUAUGAGGAUAUUUAAUAUUGUUUGUGUUAUAUGUUAUCUAAUCUGGUGAUAUAGCUUUCAUUGACUAUGUAACACAAACAAUCCAAGUUGCCUUUCCCAGGGAAAGCUGGCAUAGAAUACAAGGCUCAUUUCUAUAAACCACAAAUAUUUAUUAAGAAAUCAUAUUAUAGCUAACUUUGUUGAAAAGAAACUGCAUUUUCUAACAUGCUGAGUUGCAAUAUAUUAGCAGUGAGAAAAUGCAUACUCAUUGUGAACAACAAUGCUGAAUGGAGUAUAGCUCUGUGAGUAUCACACGUAGUAGAUAGUGUCUGUGACUUCAUAAAUUACAGUACAAUAUAGGUGCCAUAUGUCAAAUAAAUUAAUGAAUAGAAUAGAAUAGAAUUUUUAUUGGCCAAGUGUGAUUGGACACACAAGGAAUUUAUCUUGGUGCAUAUGCUCUCAAUGUACAUAAAAGAAAAGAUACGUUCAUCAAGAAUCAUAAGGUACAACACUUAAUGAUAGCCAUAGGGUCCAAAUAAGCAAUCAGGAAACAAUAUCAAUAUCAAUAUCAAUAUAAAGUGCAAUAUAGUAAUAACUAGUAAACUUGUUUGAAUGUUAGAUGUUUCCAACAAUGUAAACUAAUACAUAUUAGCAAGGCUACUUGCUCUCUCUCCUUUAUUAUUUUUAAUAUAUAUGUUUGGGUUCUGCAUCCUCAAAAGGAAAGUACAUCCCCCCCCAUUUUAAAUUGAAAAAUAAACUUGUUCAGUCUUGCUCCCUAUAGAAAGCUUGUCCAAUUUUAAUAUGUGUGAAAUUGGGUAAAUGAAGACUCCAAUAAAAUGUAGAUAACUCUUGGCUGAUUUACAUUAUUCUACAAUAGCUAUUGAUCUGGUGCAGCUAGGAAUUAAGAUAAUUGUCUUGAUUGAGUGAUGUUUCAUUUCCUAGAAAAAUUAAAAACACUCCAUUUUUUGGCCUCCAAAAGUGAGAAAGUCAUUAGAUAAUGAAAUAUAAAGUGAAUGCCAAAUAAGUUACCGAAGAUACUCCUGUAGUUACCUUUACAGAGUGCUUUGUCACUACAUAAUCUGGUAGGAAUAUCAGAUUACAUGUUCUUUAUAAUCUGGUGCAACAGAUCAUUUGAAUUUAAUGAUCUUGAAAUAUAUAACUGCCUGAUCUGCAACUGCUUGGAAAGCAGAAGUCAGUACAUGAGGCUCUACUUAUUAAAUUAGUGAGGUUAUUGCCUUGUUUUUAUUUUGUCUGCUUGCAGUGUGUUCUGACCUUGUUAUAUACAUCCAUUCCCACAUGCUAAUUUAUUCAUCAUUGGGUAUUCUCUUACUACUUUUUGUUGAAGGCAAUAUGACUAGUCCAAUAAAUUUGUUAUCUGAUGGAGAAUAGGAAAUGUGUUUCUUCUCAAGUUGGUCUCUAAAUUUGAGUAUAAUAUGAUCAUUUUUUCAAAGAUGUCAUCUUCAAUUUUAACCAAUUCCUCUUUGCUGGUAAGGAUUAGGUUGAGAAUACUAGAUCCUCAUGUUCUUUCAUCUACCUCCUGACAAAUGAAGUUGUCAAUAAUAGGAAAGAAAAAUUUCUUGGAACUUUGACUCUUGGCAGAGAUAGAUUCCCAGAAGAUAUAAAAAAAAUUAGAAUCCUCAUUAUCACUGAUGCAUGUCUCUUUGAAAGUGAGGCAUUUUAUUUGUGUCUUUUGACUGUCCAGGCAGUGAAUAAUAAACUCCCACUAUCACUUUUGUUUUUUUCUCACCUUUUACUUUUUCAAUAAAUCCACACUUUCAGCAAGGUGUUAUAUACUCUGAUUUUUUUAUUUCUGAUUUUUUUCCCUUAUAUUCAGUAAACACUCCAUUCCUUCUGUUGCACUUCUCCUUUUGAGUAAAUUCUACCCUUCCAGUACUAUAUAUCAAUCAUGAGUAUCAUCCCAUCAAGUUUUAAUUAUAUCUGUCACAUCAUAUUUAUCUACCUGAGAGAAGGUAAAUUGUCUAUUUCUCCCUGUUUAUGCUCAUGCUUUGCUGUUGAAUUGUUUAUGAUCCUGUCAAAUUCUGAGUCCCUGUUCUGACCUUCUGUUUUUCCCAUUGUAUUCUGGUUUUUUGGUCCCAAUCUUUGACUGGAUAUUCAGUUUUUAGCUUUGCCGCCCUCCAUCUUUUAUUCUAGUUUAGUGCCUUGAUGAGAGUAAUAAAGCAUCUGGCAAACACUUUCUUCCCAGGUCCUAUAAUGCAAACGCUUCUUGCAACCCCAUCUAUGUAGCCAGCUAUUGACUGCUAUGAUUCUGUUUUCUCUUCUUAUACUUUUACCCCCAGCUGAAAUAACUGAUACAAAAUUGCCUCUUUUAUUUAUUAUUUAGAUUUUUUAAUCCAGUCUUUAUUAUUUUAACUCAAGACAGUGAACAUAUAUAAUACUCCUUCCUUGUCUGUUCCCCACAACAACUUUAUGAGGUAAAUUGGGCUGAGAGAGAGUGACUGCCCUGUCAGCCAACUGGCUUUCAUACCUAAGACAGGACUAGAACUCACAAGCUCCUGGUUUCUACUAUAGGCUAGCAUUUUCACCAUUACAUCAAAUUGGCUUUUCUCAGUUUACUAUCUUUCUGUCCAAGGCAUCAUAGUUUCCAGAGAUUCUCCUUAUUCACUCUUCUACAUAUUUUCUGAUUGGUCAAAAAUCCCACAAAACUAAUGGUUUAUAUCAAGUGUUGAAAAAAAUGUUAAGCCAUUUUUCUCCUUGAAAGUCCUGAAGACCAAGAUAUGGAAGGCAUAGUCAGAUGAAUCCCUGCAAAUGGAGAAACAGGUUAAAAUUGCCAUAAGCGUCAUCAUUAAAAAAAAGAGAAAGACCAAAGUGUUAGUUAAUUACAUAAAAGAACAAGACUCAGCAGUCAAACACUGUUGAUGUUACAGGAUCAGAGAAAUCUAGAACUGCAUUCAAAUACAUCCUUGUGUCAAUGUGCUCUUAGUUAGUAGUUUAGCCCUUGGUUUGACUUGCUUUACCAAAGGUCAUCUGAAUUCUUCAUGUUGGCUCUCAAAAGGAGGCAUCUAUAGAAAAAUGAGAAGACAGCAGGCUAAGAAGCUAAGCCAUCUAUAUGGGAAACUCUGCUAGUUAUACUGAGAUCUGUGUGGCCUCUCUUUCCACAGUGAUGUAACUUUUCUGGUUGGCAAAGAGAAGCAGAAAGUCUUUGCCCAUCGCUGUCUACUCUCCACCCGCUGCCAAGUUCUCCAUGCAAUGCUAAACCAUGAGAUUCAAGUCCCACUGAUCCUGAAUCGCAUACAGCCAGAAGUGUUCCUUACAAUCAUUGAGUACCUGUACACCAAUGGUGUAACUCUCAACAAUCUUACUGCCCUUGAGGUUUUGACUUCAUCCAUUGAAUAUGGGUUAAAUGACCUCAGAAAGCUAUGCAUUGAAUUCAUCAAAGACACACUAAACGUGAACCAAGCAUGUGAGGCCUUUCAGGCAGCAGUAGCCUAUGGACUACUAGAUUUGCAAACAUAUUGCUUGGCCUUCAUUGAGAAUUAUACUCAGGAAGUGACCCAAACACGUGGGUUCUUGGAACUCUCAGAACAGGCAAUGCAAAUUAUUUUGCAGAGUGACUGUUUGGCUAUUGAUGAGGUGAAGCUGAUCCAUACUGUACGAGAAUGGGCUCAUGUUGGGUCUGCUGUGCUUGAUAGGACAGUGCAUGACAUGGCACGAACGGUGGUGCCACAGCUCCGUCUGGCUCUGCUGUCCCCAAGGGAACUGACCUCUCUGGAAGAAGAGAACAAAAAAGACCAGAUGAUUCCGAGAGUUUUGCUGAGGCCUGGAAAACCCAUGCUCUGUGGAAGAGGCGUGGGAUGCAAUCCUCAUGCCAGCGCCGGCGUGGCACAUUGCCUCGAGUCCAUCAUCGCCACCUUGACCCCCAGCAUAAGUGACAUGAUAUCCUUGGGAUGAGAGAGGAAGCAGCACUUUUCGUGCCCAGCCAAGGGCCAGUUUGGUCUAGUGAUUAAGGCACCAGGCUAGAAACCAGAUCUAGUCCUGCCAUAAGCAUGAAAGCUGAUUGGGUGAUUUUGGGUCAAUCACUCUCUUUCAGUCCAACCCACAUCACAGGAUUGGUGCUGUUGUAGGGAAAAUAGAAGGAGAAAGGAGUAUUAGGUAUGAUCACUGCCUUGAGUUACUUAUAAAAAAAAUUCCUUUCUUUGAUAUGGGCUGCUGCCCUUGGAUGCUGUAUGUCAGGGGUCUCCAACCUUGACAACUUUAAGACUUGUGGACUUCAACUCCCAGAGUUCUUCUGUAUUCUCUGAAUCAUUGACCUACCUAGCAACCAGGCACUCAAACAAAUAAAUCUAGGCAGGGCCUGGAUCUUGAUCCAAAGCAGCCUGGGUAUCUGACAUUUACUUGAUUGGAACAGCAGAUACAUUAUGUUAAUAGCCACAGCAGAGUCAGAUCUGAUUCACUUUGAAUUCUGAGAGUUGAAGUCCACAAGUCUUAAAGUUGCCAAGGUCGGAGACCCCUGCUGUAUGUACAUAAUCUGGUCCAGAAUUUGGGGUUGAUCUGCUGUUCCUUCCAGCAAAGGUGAACAAUUUAAUUUUUUUUAAAAAGAGCUUUUAAUCAUCAAGGAAACUUGUCAGCUCUGUAGCCAUUCCUUAUAUUAAUUCCUCCACUUUAACCCAUUUGCUUCCAUUUGCUAUUAAAGAUGGCGCUGCCUUGUCUUCCACACUAUCUCUUCUGUUCCUUUUGAGCAAAUAGCUAUACUCCAGUCAUAGGGCCCAUCCCACCAGCUCUUUGUUGUACCUAUUAAAUAUUUGCCUUCCUGUCUGAA